AUGGCGGUCUUCGAUGUCAUUUUGAACGAUAAAAUUACUGACCUAAAAGACUUACUUCAGGCCGAUCCAAAAUGCGCCAACUCUGUAGGAUGGCAUGGUCUAACACCAUUGCACCAUGCGGCGCUAAAAAAUAAUGAAGAAUUGAUAGAUUUAUUACUGCAGUAUGGUGCUAAUAUCAACCAUCCAAACGCUUACAGGGAGACACCGCUGCACCUCGCUUGCCAAGUUGCCUCUUUAAAACUUGUCCACAAGUUGCUGGAGAUUGGUGCAGACUUGAGAGCAGAGGAUAGCGCUGGAAGGACAUGCAUUCAUCAUGCUGCCAAAAGUGGAUCUGUAUUAAAGCUGCAUUACUUGACAGAAUGUGGUCUGAGUCUAAAGAAAAGAGAUAACAGAGGUCUGACUGCCCUUCAUAUAGCUGCAGAGAACAGUCAGCUAGAAGCCACAGAAUAUCUGAUUCGUCACAAGAGGUUUCCUACUGAUGUGCGAGACAGUGGAAAUUGUACACCUCUUCACUUAGCUGCCAAGCAUGCACACUGUGAAGUUGCAUGGGUUUUGGAGAGCAAAAGCACAUUAUCAAUGAUCAAUGAACCAGACGUGAUGGGGAAAACUCCUCUGGACUAUGCUAGUGAUGUAGAAACUCCAAGACACUUGUGGCUGAAGAGACAUCUGAAGUACUGGCAAGCCAGCCGCUGCCCUCGUAGUCGUCCACCUAACCCGUGGAUGCCAUGGUUCCUCCUGCUUCUGUCGCCCUCAUUUGGAAUAUUCCUCAUUGCUUUGUCCUUCUAUCAGCUCCCCCUUACAUUUGCAAUACUCUCAACAGUGGCAAUUGUUAUAUUUUUCAAUAUCUGGUCGUUCUCCAAACACAGAUUGCAGCACAUCUCUGCCGUUCCAAGUCCUGCACUGGCAGGGUUUUUCUUUGGGUCCAUACUACAAAGCCUCUUCUGCUACUUUUUUUAUAUUAUGCCUCAACUGUGGCCGGAAUUUCUUUGGAGCUCGUUAGCAGUUCUUCUUUUGGCAGUCACUUUUGUAUCAUUAAGGAGUUUAUAUUCUAACCCUGGUGUUGUGACGUCCAAUAGAAUAUCAGACACAGGGGAAUCAUUGAACAUUCUCGAUGUAGCCAAAGGAGUUAUACCAGAGAGCCAAUUUUGCACCGUUUGCGAGAUUGUGAUGCCUGAAUUUACCAAACAUUGCAAACUGUGCGAAGUAUGUAUAGAGAGUUUGGAUCACCACUGUCUGUUCCUCUUGAACUGUGUGGCAAGAAAUAACCACAGGGCUUUUGUGUGCUUCAUGACUGAAAUAAUAGUGGCCAAUGCGCUGUUUGUGAGGUCGGCAGUUUCUUAUUUUAACUUAAAGGUAUUUUUGGGAGAGGCAUCUUCAUUCGGGGAGGCUAUGAGCCACGAUGUCUAUGUUUCAGUUCUCUUUAUUCUCAAUUGUAUUGGAUUGUUCUAUGUAUUUUUCUUAACAUUUUUCCAGUUCAAGGUUAUUACUGACGGUGGUACAACAUAUUACUCAUCAGAAGGCGGCACAAUGCACAGAACGUGGAAAGACCUUUGGGUUCUCAAAGGAGUCUCGUUGUCUCAAAGGAUGAAAAUCUUCUUUCAAUUUCUUGUCGGGGAAUACUCAUUUUACAAGAAAAUGAAGACAAAAAAGGCACAGAGACUUGUAUAGUUGUUGUUCCUUGAUGCCAUGGAACGGAAGACAGUCCAAGAUCAAGACCUCGGUUUGGAGAUGUUAUGUGCUGGGUUCUCCGACGGUAGACCUCAUAUCACAAGAACGAAGGGGAAUUUGAACACAUAACAUAAAAGAUGCUGAGAAUUGCUCCGAAAAUCUCAUCUUUUCAUGGCAACGUGCGCAUGUCACCAGUUAAUUGAAUGAAAGUUGCCGUUGCGUUUGACAAACACGUUGGUAACAAUCUAGGUUACGACAAAAACAGAUAGGAUUUCUGUAGCGGACCCAGAGAAACAAAUCUAAUUACACAUUUUUCGCUAUUUUCAUAAACGAAUCGUAAGAAUAUAAAAUAUUUACUCCAUCCAUCCUAUCGUUGUUACCACUGAGACGAUAAAAAUCGAAAAAAUUACCUUCUCUCGAAAUUUGGUACCACUGUAUCUAGAGGUUCCUUCAUAAGGGGCAUUUUAAGGUAUAAUUAUAAGAUUAUAUCAAUGAAUAUAAUAAUAAUUUUAAGGGUUUUUUUUUUUUGCAAAGGCUGUUAGUGUUAACUUUUAAAUGUUGCAGUUUGCUUUUAUAGCGAUAGUCUGUCGGUGUAUUAUUUUGCUUUGUGGAAAUGAGUGAAAAAUUAGCAACUCGUACAUAAACUAUGUGAAUGUUUUGUCUGUACUAAAAGCUGCUUCAUCGAGUCGUUUAUAGUAACUAAUGAAUUAGGUGCGAUAUUUCUCCAUCUCUAAGAGUUGUCAGUACCCAACUUUCAGGGGACUCAGUGUUCUUUAAGAAAAGCUUGGAGAAACAAAACAAGGCCUCUGUAAGGAAUAAACUAUGGUGCCCAUAGGAGCUACAGUA